UGAAAAUAAAACCAGGACUCUCAACUGCUCCAGUCAGCCUGCCUCCACAGGGCCCUGCCUAUCAGCCUGUACAGCACUGCGCUGGGCGAGCAGCAUCUGGCAGCCAGCAUGAACCAGGUGGUUGCCUUCUUAGCAAUAGUCAUGGGAACACACACCCUCAGUAUUCGGCCUCAGAAGGACUGCAUCCACUGGCCCCGCUGCUUCUCCAUCAAAGAACAGGACUCCACUGAAGAGCUGAACACUGUGCUCACACCUCCCCCGGAGAUUGAUAGCCACCACCACCCAGUAUCCUGCAGGGCCAGCGAAGACGGACCCCUCAACCACAGGUCCAUCUCUCCCUGGAGAUAUGUGUUGGACAGGGACUUGAACCGGCUCCCUCAGGACCUGUAUCACGCCCGUUGCCUGUGUCCACACUGCGUCAGCCUACAUACAGGCUCCCACAUGAACCCCCUGGGCAACUCGGAGCUCCUCUACCACAACCAGACCGUCUUCUACCGCCGGCGGUGCCCUGGAGAGCAGGGUGCCCAUGAUGGCUACUGCCUGGAGCGCAGGCUCUACCGUGUCUCCUUUGCUUGCGUGUGUGUGCGGCCCCGUGUGAUGGCCUAGUCAUGCUGCCCAGGGCUGGCCUCCGGUCGGAACACUGGAGCUGGGUGGACAAGCAUGUGCCAGGGUGAGCCAGGACGCCCCAGUGCUCAGCCCCCCAAAGCAUCAUCUGGAGCAAUAGGAUCGUGGGACAGGAUAGGGACCUUAGAGGAAACACACUUGGCACUUUUUGGAGUGGAUGGGAAGUGCAGGUGAAGCGAAGGGGGCAGCAGCUGCUGUGGCUGCUGGAACUGGCAUCCUGAUUUCCUCCCAUCAAGCCCUGCGCAUUCCAGGAGGCCACCGCCUGGCUCUUCCUUUCCUCCCCUCCCCAGCUGCCCUCCUGAAGCACAGGCACUUUCUUGAUAUUUUCCCUCCUGCCAACAAAGAACCCCUCAUUUCA